ACUCAAUUCAAGUUCACGCAUGUUGACCUUCACGUCAUUGAUAAAAUUUCUUUGCAACAACAGCAAAAAUAAAACAAAAGCAUAUGCUGGAUAAUACAAGUCGUUACGAAUGUUGUAUACAUUCUUACUGACUCAUUUGUAAUUUUAAGUGACGUUAGCUAUAAGAAUGUUUGUGCCAUUUUUUCAUUUUUUUUCCUUUGUAACAGGUUUUUGUUAGGAGCUACACAAUUUUUUACAUAUUUUUACACUGCCUCCAGCAUAUACUACACUGAAAUGAUUCCGUGUAGGUAUUUACUUCAGCCUCAGAUUAAUAUUCGGCAAUGGCCUAUUACUUUAACAGUUUAUGUGCAGUAAUUCAUAUUUACAUAGUAUGGACAUGUUAACCCACAACAAAGGGCAGGAACCUAGUGGCUAAAGUUUAUCAUAUCUGCAGAGGAACACAAUACGCGCUGAGCUUUGUGUGGCGUUGGUGAGGAGAGAUGGGAAGUGAGCACUACUGUUUGCGGUGGAACAAUCAUCAAUCGAAUCUGCUCGGGGUGUUCAGUCAACUGCUGCGCGACGAAAGUCUGGUAGACGUUACGCUGGCCUGCUCGGAGGGGCACUCUAUACGCGCCCAUAAGGUAGUGUUGUCAGCGUGUUCCUCCUAUUUCCAGAGCCUGUUCGUGGACCAUCCGAGCCGACAUCCGAUCGUGAUCCUGAAGGACGUUCGAUUCUCGGAACUCCGAACACUCGUCGAAUUUAUGUACAAGGGUGAGGUGAACGUCGAGUACUGCCAACUCUCUGCCUUGCUCAAGACGGCCGAGAGCCUCAAAGUCAAAGGUCUGGCGGAAAUGACACGCGAAUACAAACCAGUAGAAGAAGAACAGACGGAACCAAAGGAGCUUGUGAACCGACGGCCCCCUCCCCCAGCGCCCGCACCAGUACCCGCCUCAGUACUUAGGGGGCGCUCCAUGUCGCCGGACGACAUGGAGGAAGACGAAGAAGACCCACUUCCCCCAAGGCCCAUAUCGCAGCCUCCAUCAUCCCUGCCCCAUUCGCCCCCGCAGAAUUUAAGGGUAUGCAAAUCACCCCACACCUCCAUGGAUGAGGACUCGGGGGGAGGGGGAGGUCCGCCCAGGCAGGACGAUGACAACACCCCUCCUCCCCCCGCCGCACACCACGUACAAAAAAAGCCGGAGGAGGAGAACAGCUGUCCCGGCGUGGUCACAUCAGCCCUUCAUCCGCAGCCGAUAGUAUCCAGCGACUGUGGUGCCAGUGACAUGAGCAUGCACAGCAACAGCGUACUCAGCGUGGCUGCUGCAGCCACCUCGGUGGUCAACCCCCCACCUCCAUCUCAGCUUCUGCUGCACCAAGCCGUAUCCACGUUGGCCACAUCGCUGUCCUCCUCGUCGGCCGCUUCCUCGUGCAGCAAUCGGCUGCCCUCGCCCAUGAAUUGCGAUCCGGUGCCGGUGCCUGGACCCUCGAAUAUGCCUCCAGUACAGCAAGUGCCUCUGAGUCUCAAAAAAGAAGUGGACUGGGGAGGAGGGGAAGACAAAAGUCCAGGGGAGGGAUCUUCCGAUUACAAUCGUCAGCAAGAUUUGCAGCAGGCGGGGGCAGGGGAUACCUUGGAAAGGGGUAGCAGUCCCCCCCAGUCGCACGCGCGUCUCUAUCCGUGCAUGUACUGCGGCAACUCGUUCCCCCACCAGAGCAAGCUCACCAGGCAUAUCCUGUCGCACAGUCUGGAGACGCUCAAGUACCGGGAGCAGCAACACAGGCAUGGUCUUCCGACCCUAGGGGAUCCUGCUCUCUCUGCCACCCCGGGGGCGUUCGAUUUUGCCACUGGGGGCAGAUUGAAGCAUGAGCCCCCUGAUCCUACUGAUCAACCACCUACCACCCAGCUGGACCUUGAAGAAGCUGCCGCUAGCGCGAGCAGCAGUGGACUCGGAAGCAGCACCGGUACGGGUGGAGUCGUACUGUGCAAGUUCUGCGGCAAAUCCUUCCCGGAUGUGGGCUCGCUGAUCGGCCACCUGCCCGUCCACACCGGAGACCGGCCCUUUAAGUGCGAGUUCUGCGGGAAGGCGUUCAAGCUGCGUCACCACAUGAAGGACCAUUGUCGUGUGCACACAGGGGAGAGGCCCUUCCGGUGUGCCUUGUGCGGGAAGACCUUCUCCCGGUCCACCAUCCUCAAGGCACAUGAAAAGACGCACUAUCCAAAAUACGUGAGAAAGUUCCUGUCACCCAGUCCUCUGGACGCUGAGGAGGAGACGCCUCCUCAUUGACGUUGAGUGCAAGUGCAUCGUCUGUUGUUAUGAGUCGCGUCGCGGUCCUAUCGAAAUCGCAUCGCGCGAAGUCUGAGCGCGACAGUCGUUGGUGUGGGUGGGUUAAAAAUGAAUCUGGGAAACCUUCGAAUGGUGUGAGAUGGUAUUUGUAGUAUUUCGAAUUAUUUAAAUCUUAUCAUUGAUUAACGCAUUCUACCUGGAGAUACUGUCAAAAAAAAUAUCCUAGAUAAAAUGAGGUACCGUAGAGUCAUCUAUGAGAAUUUGCGACAGCAACGUUUGUUUAUCCGCUCCGCACUAAUUAGAAAUAUACUUUAAAAAGGUAAGCGUGUCAGGUGGCGCUGUACCCUAAUAUACACUAUAUGCUAAUACUGGAGCGCCGUAUGAGACACUAACCUUUUUAAAUCAGAUUUCUAUUUAGU